UAAAUACAGUGGAUGCAUUGGGCCUGUGGCCUAGGGCAGCCCAGGCUCAAACCGGCAGGUAAGAGGCCUCGAAGAGGCUCCGGGCCUGUUCAGAGGAGGGUGUAGAGGUGGCCUGGAACCCAGACGCUACCAUCUAUAAAAUAGUUCUGUGGUGAUGGCGUGGGUGGGAACAGUCUACCUUCUGAAUGUCUGAGUCCCCUUCUCAGCUUCGGUCCUGGGAAAGAAAAGUGGGGAGAUCAACACCCAUCCUCAAAGAACGUUCCUGAAGAGGGACUGAGGUUGCAAGGGGGACAAAAAUUUGGCGACUGGCGUCUUAAACUUGGCUUCUGGGUACAGGUGGGUCAUAACUGACAUCACUAACCAGCUACCUUCACGAGCAGCCUCCUGUCUCAGACUCUUCAGGGCCUGAGAAGCUCACCUACUGUCCAAGCUUCUGGAUACUAGGCUCCACGUCUCUUGUGGACUCCUUCCCACACUGAGAUGUGCUCCCUGCCUGGGUCCCGGAAGCCCCUGCGCCGUGUGGCUGUGACUGGGGGCACCCAUGGGAAUGAGAUGUGUGGCGUCUACCUGGCCCGGUACUGGUUACAGAACCCAGGGGAGCUGCAGAGACCCAGCUUCUCAGCCAUGCCAGUUCUGGCCAACCCAGCAGCCACAGCUGCCUGUCGCCGUUACAUAGACCGUGAUCUCAACCGCACCUUCACACUCACCUUCCUUGGUUCCACCGCUACCCCCGAUGACCCAUAUGAAGUGAAAAGAGCCCAAGAGUUGAACCAGCUACUGGGUCCCAAAGGCACAUGCCAGGCUUUCGACUUUAUACUAGACCUGCACAACACCACAGCGAACACUGGGGCCUGCCUCAUUUCCGAAGUCUCCCAGAACCCCUUCAACUUGCACCUGUGCCACUACCUACAGCUGCAGAACCCGGGGCUGCCCUGCCGCCUUUUCCAGUUUGAGCCACCUGGGUCAGAGUCCUACAGUAUGGAUUCUGUGGCGAAGAAUGGCAUCUGUCUGGAGCUGGGCCCCCAGCCUCAGGGCGUGCUGCGGGCUGAACUGUUCUCCCAGAUGAGAGCGAUGGUGGCCUCCAUUCUGGACUUCAUCGAACUCUUCAACCAAGGCCUGGAAUUCCCCGCCUUUGAGAUGGAGGUCUACAAGAACUUGGGCAGGGUGGACUUCCCACGCACCACAGAUGGUCACCUGACUGGCACUGUGCACUCUAAGCUGCAGGACCACGACUUUGAGCCGCUGAGGCCUGGUGAACCUAUCUUUAAGCUGUUCAGUGGAGAGGACGUACUGUAUGAGGGGGACUCCGUUGUGUACCCUGUGUUUGUUAAUGAGGCCGCCUACUACGAGAAGCACGUGGCUUUUCUGAAGUCUGAGAAGAUCCGGAUCUCGGUGCCUGCCCUGCCAGGGCUGACCCCCAGCUCCACCCAGACUCCCUAAUCCAAGUCAUACGCCUACCUAACCUCAGUCUCCCUAUCUGAGCAAUGGGUCUCAAGACACAGUUCCAAGCCCGGGGUCUCCUGUCUCACUCUGGACACCAUGUCCUUUUCCAGACAACUGAUCUCAUGAUAUAAAAUAGACUGUGCCCC